AUGACGCCUCCGAAGAAGGCAACUAGUAGCAAACAAACCAAAUUGAAGCUAUUGUACCGUCGCCGGACCAACAUUUUGGGUUCCGCAAAUUUGAUCAAGAAAUUUAACGACGGGUUCGAUCCCACUCAAGAAGGUCAAUUGCCCAUACGCAUUCAACGUCUUGAUGCGUUGUGGCGUGAAUUUGAAGAAACGCAGGAGGAAAUUGAGGUUUUGGAAGACGCUGAGGAAGAUUUCUUGGAAGAGAGGGAAGAGUUCCAAACCUUGUAUUUUGAAUUAAAGGCGUCAUUACAAAGCAAAAUUCCUGUUCCACCACCUGCACCCACCCCCGCUCCUGUUCAACCACUCUCUUCGGCUGUUCCCAUCUCGUCGAGCGUUCGUCUGCCGGAGAUUAAGUUGAAGGAGUUCUCUGGGAAUCUCGAUGAUUGGGUUUCUUUUCGCGAUCUGUUCGUCUCGCUUAUUCAUUCGAGCGUGCAGCUAACUGCGGUGCAGAAAAUGCACUAUUUGCGUGCGACGCUUUCUGGCGAAGCGGCUCGCAUCAUUUCUUCGCUCGAGAUUUCCGCCAAUAACUAUCUCGUAGCGUGGAAUUUAUUGAAGGAACGGUUCGAAAACCCGAAUUUGCUGGUGAAGCGGCACAUGUCUGCCUUGCUCAUGAUUCCUUCACUGAAGAAAGAGUCUGCACAAGGACUCGCAGAUCUCGCCGAUGAGUUCAAUCGGCACGUGCAGCUGCUGGAUAAACUCGAAGGUGCUGAGAACCACUGGAAUGCCUUUCUAGUCGAACGAUUGAGCCAAUGUCUUGACUCCGUCACGCUCCGUGAGUGGGAAACGUCCGUUUCCAAUAGUGACGAGUAUCCCAAGUACCAAGAACUUCUCGAGUUUAUCCACAGAAGAUCGCGAAUUAUUCAAACACUAAAGCUCUCCCAAACGGCAACCACCCAAUCCGAGAUCAAACAUCCCAAAUCCCGAUCCGUCGUGUCGCACGUUGUAUCCGACAAUGUUCCCAAGUGCGCCAGCUGCAAGCAGGCACAUUUCCUGUUCCAGUGCGAACAAUUCCGAACGCUCUCUCCUCAACAACGGUUCGAAGUCGCGAAGAAGCACGGGCUGUGCAUUAACUGCCUGUAG